ACUCGUUUUCUUGCCGAAAAUUUCGGAAGGCUGAAGCAUUAACGAUUUUCGGAAAGAUAUCAAGACAAGACCAUUUCGAGCUGCUUCUUAUAUGCCAUCAACCGUUGUGGCAUCGACAUUGUACAUUCUACGUCGAUCAAUCCAUACUACUCGCUUCGAUAAGAGAUUUAGUUUUGUCGGAAGAACAACAGGUUAUCAGUGGCGUUUCCAAGAUUCUCUAUUAUCCCAAGCAUCAUCUUUAUACGGUCAACGACGUGGAAUGAAGGCUUAUAUUCAAGUUGUUGGACAGGCUUCAGCUGAGGGUCCACCUAGUUUGAUAGUUCAUUAUGACUCUCAGAGAUAUAUGUUCAACUGCCGCGAAGGAACGCAAAGACUGUGCGUGGAGGAGAAAGUUCGAUUGAGCAAACUCAAAAAUAUCUUUUUGACACGUCUUGAGUGGGAGUGUGUCGGUGGCAUGAUAGGCAUGCUUCUGACGCUGGCAGAUGCCGGUACACAAAAUUUACAUAUUCACGGUGGAAGGAACCUGACUCACUUGAUGGUCGCCACUCGUCCGUUUGUGUAUAGAACGAGUAUGGCAGUGGAAACGCAUGAAUUCGAUGGCAACCCAACUUCCAAAUUCUCGGAUGGCAAUUUAACAGUAACACCAGUCGUCAUACUCCCUACUGCGGCCUCUGGACUUCCAGAUCAAAGCCCUAGAAAGCGUCGUCGCGUAGAGUCUGCUUCUGAGGGAUCUAGCUCCGAGUCCGGAUCCGACUCUGAAUCAGGCAGGCCUGAUCCAUUUGAACACAUGUCAGCGGAACAGCAAAUGGCCUAUCGCCGCGACGUGCUAUUACAAAUGUUCAGUAAUAAAGGUCCCGAAAAUGCUCCCGGACACACCAUCGAGUCACCUUGUACACCACGACAACACCCACUAUCCAAGACCUCCCAGAUAAGCGAUGCCAAAAUUCAGUUAAUUGCGGCAGAUGGUGAACCUCUCAAAGCGGAAGUGGAAGAAAUUGCACCUGUGCCCGACCGGAUCCAAUCACAGCCCAAUAAGCGACAAACAGCAUAUCUGAAGAGCCCUCUUCCUCGUACCACUCCGUAUCCUGCCGCUGUGUCCUAUAUCUGUCGAGGCCCUGAGUUGCCUGGUAAAUUCAACAAGCAAGCCGCUUUAGACCUUGGUGUGAAACCAGGUCCAGACUAUGGUAAACUACACAAGGGCAUUCCCGUCACACUGGCAGAUGGACGGGUCAUCAAACCGGAACAAGUCGUUAGCCCGGCUGCUCCUGGUCAUUUGUUUCUUGUGAUAGACUGUCCCAGCGUGGAUUACAUUGAAUCUUUGACUACAUCGUCCAUGUUCAAGGAAUACCAGACGACAGACGAAAGUUCCCGGCCAAACUUAAUUAUCCAUCUACUGGGAAAACAAGUACUUGAAGACGAACGAUACCGAGCUUGGAUGAAUAAGUUUAGCCCCAAAACCGAUCACAUUGUCGGUUCCGAAGAGAUCUGUGCUCAAACAGUCCAAUUCCAGAGUCAUGCAUUACAGCAGUACAAACUUUCCAGAUUGGACAAAGAUAUAUUUUCUAUACCAAAGUACAAUAACCGUCCCGCGAAAUUGCUCAGUGAAUUUACAGGAUUGCCACCCAAAGUUACACCACUGAGCAAUAUGAUGCAAUACGACUUGGAACCUCGUAACGGUUUAUAUCAACAGUCUUUGGAACGAUGGACUUUUGACCAUGACAAUAUCCUGGCUUCUGAAGUGGAAAAAUAUGAAGGAGAUGAAAAGAGCGUGAAAGCAGUCCAGCUUGCGAGAACGGAAGCAGAUAAAGUCAGUAUGGACAUACAAUUUCCAGGAGCCGAUGUGCAGAUCAUCACACUAGGGACGGGCAGCGCCAUUCCUUCUAAAACCCGCAAUGUGAGUGGCACCUUGGUAAAGAUUCCUGGAUCUGGGUCUAUUCUUCUUGAUGCUGGCGAAGGCACUUAUGGUCAAAUGAUGCGUCAUUUUGGACGAGAAAAACUCGAUGAAGAGUUAAAUGCUAUUCGAUGCAUUUUCGUAUCGCAUUUACACGCCGAUCAUCAUCUGGGCGUAAUGCAACUGCUCACUAAAUGGUGGAAGCUCAAUUCCCAAGAUCGAAAGAAAAGUCUAUACGUCGUUGCACCGCAUAUAUAUCGUCGUUGGCUACAAGAAUACAGUGAGGUGGAAUAUUUUGGACCAAAGCCACCCUCGAAACAGAUUCGAUUUAUUCAGAAUGAGAGGUUUUCCGAUCCAAAAUUUAACAGGGCCAAGUUGGGAAAGCUUCUGCGAUCCUUGGGCUUGAAAGACAUGCAGACUGUAGAGGUUAUCCAUUGUCGAUGGGCUUACGGGCUUACGUUGGAGCAUGAAUCAGGCUGGAAGCUCGUGUAUUCGGGUGACACAAGACCUUGCGAUAGCUUAGUCGAAGCGGGCCGAGACGCUACGUUGCUUAUCCAUGAAGCCACCUUGGAAGAUUCAAUGAAAGCUGAAGCUAUUGCGAAAAGACAUUCAACUACUUCAGAAGCCAUCGACGUAGGAAAACGAAUGAAUGCACGGUACACAUUGUUGAACCACUUUAGCCAACGUUAUCCAAAAGUGCCUGCACUAUCGGAUGAUCAAAAUAACGUCUGCAUAAGCUUUGAUCUCAUGGCAUUGCCCAUCAAGCAGCUGGAGCGAUUAAAAAAAUUUACAGAGACUAUUCGCUUUAUGCUCAGGGACAAUGAGGACGAAGAAUAAAAGAUUCAGCCAUAAAAUAGUUGGCUUUGGUUAGACAACCUCCGAAUAUGCAUUUCAUUGUGUGACAAAGAAUGACCAAAUGCCGACAAGUGUUCCAUCCUGGACGGCUUCGAGCAUGAAACAUAUUGCUCCUAUUUGCACUAAAAACCCGCUUUUCUCUUUUUUAUUUUGCCUUCUUUUUUCUUGUGUAGUUUU